AUGCAGAACAGUGAGAGAAAUAGUGUGACAAUCGAUAAGGAAUGUGGGAAGUUGAAUCAGCAAAUGGUUGAGGCAGCAUUGAGAAAAAGUACAUCUGUUGUUUAUUUAUUUGCGAGCAAUAAAGUUGAUAUUGCGCGGGAAAAUCGUGCGUGCUUGACAAGUGUUUCCACGAUGGCAGCACGCACUCGAAAACAUCAACAAUCCACUUGGCCUACGCUUUUACUCACCUGGACCUGCUGCUUGGCAGUUGUGGCUGGCCAGGGUUUACGUUUGCCCGACCAGCAACCCCAACAACAGCAGCAGCAACAGCCGCAGCAGCAACAAAAUGUUCAACAGAUUUUCGUGCCACAACAACCACAAUUGCAACAACAGCAACCACAACAACAACAACAGCAGGUGCCGCAGCAAUCGCCUGCUGUAAAUUAUGGCCAGGAGCGCGGCCUGGGCUCCGCUUUCUUAAGCUUAAUUGGUCUGCAGCAGGACAACGACCCCUAUCUGGCGCGCACCAAUCAAAACUGUGUGAGCGGCGAUUUAUCAGAGUGUUUCAAGACACAGGCGCUAACCAGCUUUGAUGAAAUUUUUUAUCGUGAUCAAUACGCCUUGUCUGAUUUUGCACGCGUCAUUCGUUUGCCCGAAACGCAACAACGUUCGCUCUUACAAGAGCCAUUCGAGUACUCGCAGGAGCCGCUUAACGAGGACAGCGAUUGGGAUCAAUUGGUUAAAUACGCAUUGAGGCGGGCCGAACGUUUCGUCAAGUCCACAGCUUUGGAAGUUGAUGUGCCCGAGGAGCUCACCGAAGCGGGCCGUUAUUCGGCGCGCUUCAUAGGAAACGACAUUGAUAGCGAAUUGGAUGUCAUUGAGGACAAGCAUGCGCCCCUCUUCAGUAAGUCGCGCUCCAAAACAUCACGCAAGAAGUUGAAGAAGAUGAUCAUCCCCCUGCUGUUGGUAUUGAAAAUCUUCAAGCUGAAAUUGUUGCUCUUUCUGCCUUUCAUCCUCGGCAUUGCUGGUCUUAAGAAAAUACUUGGCUUGGCUGCGAUUAUAUUGCCCGGCUUAUUCGCCUAUUUCAAACUGUGUCGCCCACCAGGUGGUCCCGGCUUUGGCGGUGGCGCUUUCUCUGGCCUCUUUGGCAGCAAGAACACCAUUCCCGAAUACUCGCCACAAGGUGUGGGCUCAGCCACUUACUAUCAUCAUCAUGAGCACUACGACGGCGCUGGUAGUUCACCAUUUUAUCGGCAGGAUCCUGCCUUUUCGAAGCCAUACACAGAUUAUUACAGCAAAAAUUACCAAACAAGUGCUAGUGGAGGUGGUGGCGGUGUUAGUAACUCAGUGAGCUUUGGUGAUGCUCAUCAAGCGGCUUAUUCGGGAUAUUAUGGCCGCAGUACCGGCAAGGAUAUACAGAGUGAGCAGAAGAGUUAA